AUGGCGACCGGCUUGCUUCUGUUUGUCUGCCUGUUUUCCAUCAGCCAUGUCUUCGUUGGUGUUACCGGCACUGACGACGAGUGUCUGCCUGACAUGUUUAGGUGUGCAGGUAGUGGAAGGUGUCUCACCCGCUUUAGGCAAUGUGACGGUAAUGUGGAUUGUCCAGACGGUUCAGACGAGGGUUGCCGAGAAUGUCCCUACCAUGACGAUUUCAAAAGAUUGCUGGAGCCAAGAGGAAGGUUACCCGACUAUAUCAAGUGUGAUGGUAUUGAGAUCUGUGUUCCUCCACCAUACCAAUGUGACGGUUACAAUUUCUGUCCAGACGGUAAAGAUGAAACAGAUUGCUGGAGCAAAGAGUGUUUCAACAGCACCUUUCUCAGGUGUGACAGCGGAUCCUGUUACCCCUCAGAAAAACAUUGUGACGGUAUCGUGGACUGUCCAGUAGACGAUUUAGAUGAGAGAUUUUGCACACAGGAUGACUGCCCUUUGCCCAACCUUUUCGAAUUCUGUGGACCCGGUUCCUGCAUCAAUGAGAAGCAACGCUGCGAUGGAGUUGCCGACUGUCACGACCAGUCCGACGAGAGUGGCUGUGGUAAGAUCACGUUCUGCUUAUUCUAA